GUGUGAGACUGUGUGCUUCAGGAGGCGAUUCUUACCCAAUCUAACUCCACAUUUUCUCUUCUUGACGUACGGCUUCUAUUCUUAUAUAUUCCCAGUCGAUCCUUCCCAACUUUCCCCCCUUCCCUAUAUUGUUGUUGUUGUUAUUUUGGACUGAUUUCGAUUUCUGUCUUUUUUUGUCCUCCCGUACCUCCUUUUCUUCUUUCCUUUUUACUUUCUGUACAAAUAGGCAGCGAACAGGUCUCUCCUUCUCCCCGUUCUCUACCAUAACUCGUGCUCUCACUCUUUUCAUUCGAAACAUUCGAUCGAGCAACGAGAUCCUUCAAAAAUGCGUACUGCUGGUCUAGUUUCUCUUUUGCUCGCAGCUAUUCCCGCUGUUACCGCGCGGGGUACUCUCGGUCUCGCUCUGGGCAACAAGAACCCUGAUGGCACCUGCAAGUCCACCAGUGACUAUGAGGCCGACUUUGAUGCGCUCAAGAGCCUGACUACUCUCGUCCGUACCUAUUCCGCCAAUGAUUGUAACACCGCCGUGAACAUCGUUCCUGCUGCCAAGAACAAGCAAUUCAAGGUUGUGUUGGGUGUUUGGGCUGAUUACGACGAAUCUUUCAACAACGACUUGAACGUUCUGAAGCAGACUGUUCCCGGAAAUGAAGAUGUUGUCCAUGCUAUCACUGUCGGCUCCGAGACCCUUUACCGCAAUGGCCUUACUGCUCAGCAGCUCUUGGACAAGAUUAAUCAGGUUCAGAAGGUGUUCCCCAAGGUGUCCGUUGGUACCGUGGACAGCUGGAACAAGUACAAUGAUGGUACUGCUGAUCCCAUCAUCCAGGGAGGUGUCAAAUACUUCUUGGCCAACGGCUUCGCCUACUGGCAAGGAAAGGACAUCGACCAUGCUACCGCGACUUACUUUGAUGAUAUUGCUCAGGCUAAAGCGCACAUCGAGAAGAUUGCUGGCAACGCGGACAAGAUUCAAUUCGGAAACGGUGAAACUGGCUGGCCCACUGACGGUGGCUCUGACUAUGGCGCAGCGAAGGCUAGCACCAAGUCUGCUGAACGGUACUGGAAGGAGAGUGUCUGCGCCAUGCUUGCCUGGGGCGUCGAUGUUUUCUACUUCGAGGCUUUCGAUGAGUCCUGGAAGCCCAAGAGCGUUGGUGACAACGGCGAGUCCAUGGACGAGACUCACUGGGGUCUUUUCACUGCUGACCGCAAGGCCAAGUUUGAUCUGUCUUGCCCUAACUAGACUUGUUUUGUUCUUUCUGGUAUCGGCGGCGUGUCCAGCCCCUGUUAUCUCACCUGAAGUUCUCCUGUAUCAUAUAUUCAAGUCCUAACUCAACACCAACAGGCGGUAAGCAUGAUAUCGCUUACUUUGCGAGAAUUUUUUUGGGCGCAUUGAUUGUGAUGAAACAUGUACAAAAGUACUUGGUAGUAUUACAGUUCUGAUAUUUUCGCCAGUGUCCCUAGAAACCCCGACGUAAUCCUGUAUUAUCCUCAGUCCUGAAAGGAUGAUGUGGGUAUGGUUACAUAAUCAAUACUACUUAACGUAAUCGGUAAACGAGCUGCGCACGCAAACGGGCUGCGCACUCCACGCGUUUUCAACGCGCCUCAAUUUCUUAGGUGAUUUAAACACCAGCCAUGCCACCAAAAAUGCCUAAAUCAUCA